AUGGUCAGGCACGUGUCAGACAGGGAUGACGAGGUGGUAAGUCGAAGCGUCAGCGGAUCGCCCAUGCGGGCAGGACGCACGCCAGCUUCGGCAGGAAAUUGUGUUCCCUGCAUUCACGACAUCAUGAGCAUCAAUGGAACCGAAUUCAUGGUCGUCGAUGUGCCCAAUGCCCGGGAGUUUGUGCUGAAGCUUGACUCGUCCCUGUGCGAUGAAGCUGGGAUUGGCGGGCAGAUCUCCGCUCCCGUCAACAUGUACAAGCUUUGUGCUGAGGUGGUCAUCCCACAGACUCUGGUUAGCCAGCAGCUCUGCAGAAUCGCAUCUUCGGAGGAGAUGCGGCAUCUUGUCAGCGCGCUCUCGUCGGAAUCUGACAUGACCCUUACGCACUCCAUUCGUCUCGGCGGCACAGAAGUUCCCAGCAGCGCAACCCUUCAUGGGCGGCUGUCUCCGAGUGGCUUCAUGCGGAAGCGAUACUGGGACUCGAUGCUGCGUGAGAAAAGCACAUGGACCUCAGGGAGCCGCGUCUCAGAUCUAGCAAAAGUCUUCCUGCAAGGGGCCUCCGAGCUUGAGAACAAGCUUCAAGAUACCCGGAAGCUGGACGUUGGUGACUUCGUAGUCUUCCGGCAAGGACGGUCUUUUGCGGAGACCAAGCACACAGGCUUGCCCGCUGACGUUUAUCUGUCCCACUUUUGGGGUCAGCCCUGCUCUGAGCUGCUGACUAUUUUACGACAACAUGCGCAAGUCCACUUUCAGAAAUCGCCCUGUUCUGUGGCUGAUCCAUCUUACUGGAUUUGCACCUUCGCCAACAACCAGCACAAAGUUGAUUUGGGGAGCCACUGGAAGGAGAGCCCGUUUUACCGGGGAAUGCAGUCCCUGCGCGAGACAGGGGGGUCUGUGCUGAUGGCCAUGGACCUGGUGGCAUCGACGCUGACAAGGAUUUGGUGCAUCUUUGAGAUCUACGUUUGUGCGGAGCUCAACCUUGCCCUUCAGCUGUUUUCUCCGGAUGGGGAUCUGUCAAGCUGUACGGGACUACGUGCAAAGGUAAUCGCCAAGAACAUCACCCAGCUCGACUUCCGUCGUGCUGAGGCCUCAGUGCCUGCCGACAAGGCAAUGAUUUUGAAGGCGAUCGAGGACUUGGACGGUGGGCUCGAGCGAGUGGAGUGGACGGUGAAGCACCUGGUCACCGACUUCGAGUCCUUCCUCUACGCGAGCCAUCGCGCAGAGCAUCCGAUCACCGGCGAAGCCCUGAGCCUCAGCACCUCAGGGGAGGACAUGAUGCCCUGCCGCAUUCGGACCAUUUGGAACUCCUUCUUCGCGCGUGGGCAAGUCUUUGACAUGGAGCACAUUGAGCAGCGUCUGCAAGCAGGGGAGUUCUUUGUGCUGGAGGGGCCCGGUGGAAGUGGGAAGAGUGUGGUGACGAAGCUGCUGGCAAAGCGCUGCACAGCCCGUGGGGUGCUGUGUUUGAGGGUGCCCGUGUCCCAGCUCGCGCAGGUGUGCCAUGAGACGAAAGACAAGGCCGGGGUGGCGGAGUCGGCGAAACCGGCGGGGUCGUUCGCAUCGACGCAGUCGGACACGGAGGAGAGGCGGUGGCGGGAGCUACUGGUGCUCUGGGCUGUGAAGCGCUUCGGCGAGGCGGCCAAUUCCUUGGCCCAGCCGAAGGAUCCAAUGAUUCUGAUCUUGGACGGCUUGGAGGAAGCUGGGGCGGAGCUUGACAGCAUCCUGGCCUGGCUGAGAUUUCAGGUGCGCAACCGGAAGGUGCUGGGCAUCUUCCGGGGCAUCCUCAUCACUUUGCGUCCAGCGGGGCGCAUCACCUGCCAGGCAAACCUCUUCAGCCUAGGGUUCACCUUCCUCUGCAUCGAGCCGCUUUCUCCGACGGAUGUGGUCAGCGCGGCGCGGAGUACCGGCCAGGACUGGCGCGUGGCUGUCGCUCUCGGCGGCAGGGACCUGAGUGCUGAGCUCUGGAACCGGCCGCUGAUGUCGGCGCUCUUCGUGGACCUGGUGUCCACGGGUGUGCGUCUGGCCACCAUCGAUGAAAUCGGCAUCCUCCGGCAUUUCUUCGAGAAACUUCUCCCUCAGCUGGUGGACACCUUCCACGCACUGUUUCCCAGCUUUGAUCCCUUUGCCGAUCCCUUUGGUGGCGUGAGCCACGAGCAGCUGCGAGCUGUGCUCAUGAAGCUGGCAUGGCUCAAGACGGUGGACGGUUCCCGCAUCGUCCAACAGCCCGACAUCCACGAAGCCUUCGAUGAUGGCAGGCAGGCCUUGCGUGUGGAACUGGCCUCGGCGUUCUGGCAGGUGGCCAGGAGCGGCCGGAUUCGUCUGCUGGAUCAUGGUGAGGGGUGUGUUCAGUUCCUUCACUCCCGAUUGCAAGACUAUUUGGCCGCUUGCCACUUGUGGUAUGAAGGCGACUGCCAGGCCCUGCGAUGCGUGAGCGGCGCGGGCUACGUCGGCCAGGCGGCGGACGACGCCCGUUUUGCCGGCGCGCGGUCCCUGCUGGUGAAGCUGUUGCGGGACGGAGCGCCAAGGCCCAGCCACCCCGAUACCGACGAGGCUUGGUACUUGCUGUGCUCCGCGGCUAUGUCCAACUCGGACGAGGGCGCCCGUUGUGCCCUGCAGCUGGCCGGCCAGUCUCCCGAUGCCGCUUGGCAGGUGCUUGGGCGCAGCGUCUUCGUGCCGAUCCGCCCUCGGCUGGGAGCCGCGGCAGUGCUGGUGCGGGCCAUGCGAUGGGUGGACAUGUUCCGCCUACUGAACUGGUACGGCAUCGUGGGCAGCGGAGCCUUGGGGCUGGGAGCCGCAGGCGGCCCUUGCACUGUCUUUGCCAUCCUGCUGCUGCUGGGCUGGCCCAAUGUUUCUGGUUGGGCCCAUGUGCUUCUGGCUCUGUCGGGGCUGCUUUACUUGACAUGGCUGGUUCUUCUGUGCCAACUGAUCGUGCUCCACCUCUUUCGGCGCGGUGGCCGCCUGUGGAGCUUGCUGCUGGCGUUCCGCUUCGACUGGGAGCACCACAGGAUUGCCAUCGUGGGCUACGGCUGUGUCUCCCUACGAGCCGACGACGUAAACCUCAACCUCACGCUGUACAUGGGCUACUGGAAGUGUCUGUUGGUUCCUUUCUUCUGGGCCACACGUGCCCAGGUAGUCCCUAGAGUGCGGGUUCUGCAGGGUGUGGCUUACGUCUUGGGGCUCCUGGCUGGGACGAUCUUCAUGGCCAUCCAGGCUGCCGUGGCCAUCAUCUGUUCCUUCCCUGCGCAGCUCUGCUGGUUGUACUUGCUCCUCCCGAUUCACGUGCUGCGCAGCCGCUGGCUACGCCUGUGUGCACGGAAAGCCCCGAAGUCACGCGCGCGGCUGGAUCCCCAAGUCAUGGGCUCACGCUUCUCUCUUGAGGAGACUUGCUCCUCCUGUUCCCGGAACGAGAGCAUGAGAAGCCUCGAGGAAGAGGUGCCAAAGAUAGGACCAAAGGCGGUCCUCCAAGCAUCACUUGACUUCCUUGGCCAGCAGAGCCCGAUCGACAAGGGGACGGAGGGGACGGAGGGGACGAGGGGUAGGGAGGGCACAGACGGCCCAAAGAUCACCCGGGGCGAGGGCAGGUGGCCGAGGGCCAUUGAGAGGGGUUCUUGGCUCUCCACGUGGCUUUGCCAAUGCCUACCUUUUGAAAAAGGAUCGGUUUAUGGCUGGCGUGGAGUGACGCCGGGAAUCGAACAUGAUUGA